CUCCGCGCCGCUCCGCGCCCCCCGCCGCCCCCAUGGCCACCAAGAUCGACAAGGAGGCCUGUCGCGAGGCCUACAACCUCGUCAGGGACGACGCCUCCGCCGUCAACUGGGUGACGUUUAAAUACGAUGGCUCCACGAUCGUCCCCGGAGACCAAGGGGUGGACUACGAGACCUUCACAAGGAAGUGCACAGAUGACGUGCGAUUGUUUGGCUUUGUCCGGUUCACCACCGGCGACGCCAUGAGCAAGCGAGUCAAGUUCGCCCUCAUCACCUGGAUCGGAGAGAGCGUCAGCGGCCUGCAGAGAGCCAAGACCGGGACGGACAAGACGCUGGUCAAAGAAGUAGUACAGAACUUUGCCAAAGAAUUUGUGAUCAGUGACCACAAAGAGCUGGACGAGGAUUACAUCAAGAACGAGCUGAAGAAAGCAGGGGGGGCCAACUACGACGCACAGACUGAGUAAACGCACGGACCUCCUGGCACCACCACCUGGAUCUCAAAGGGAGGGGAAAGGCACAACCAACUAACCCAGCUGAGAGAUGAGGCGACUGAGCCACUACCCACCUUUCUGUGCGUGCACCUAAGAGCUCCCUUCCUUUGCAUUCGGCAGACUUUUGAUUUUCCAUUCCACCCAACGAAACAGCCCUCUCCGGGGUCCUGUUUCUUCCCCCCACCCUAUUUUUUUACUCAUAACUUUGUCCAUGCUCUCGCAUCUGUGGAAUUUAGGUUUGGCUCUGCUUUGGUCUGUAUUCAGCAUUGUGUUCGUAGAGGCUUGCCCUUGUGUCCUGCUUCGUACGUGUGCGUGUGUGUGUUUUAGUUGGGCUCAAGCUGGUCUCUGAGGGGAGGUUCAUUCUUGGAGAGUUGUGCAUCUGGAGUAUUUUAAAUGUUUUUAAUUUGUUCUCAUCCAUGUUCUUGGGAAUAAUAUUUGGCGGUCUUCUAGGCUCAGAUCAACAUGGGUUGACUUCACUGAAACUUGGAUUCAAUUGCCUAAGCUUAAUGUCCAGCUGAGAUCAUGUCACUUAACAGCUUAAAAGCAAAGCAAACAAACAAAAAAACUCAACUCUUAAUAAAUGGGAAUAAAUUUGCCUUAAAAAUUGCUUGACAGUUGCUAUGCUGUGUGCUGCAUCUGCACCCCUCCCUCUUAAAAAUUAGAUCCAACAUGAUUUGAAUGUGGAGUUUUGUUGUUUUCUUGAGGUUAUCAUGGCACAGUAAACGGGGAGGGAGGGUUAGAAAUAUCUGGACAUUUGUUCACUAUUUUGUGUACAUCGGUCUCGGGGUUUGUAUUUGACUUUCCUAAUGCCGGGGCUCAGGAGGAGAAAUCGCAACGCAUAGAUUUCCUUUUGAAAUGUCUGCAGAGAAGAAAACCAGCAGCCGCUGGGUCCCAGCAGCCUUCCCUGCCCCAUUUCUUUUGCAGCUGAACGUUUAUUCAGUCAUUUGGGGCCCGUGGAACCACCAUCCUGCAGCUGGGCCCCGCGGCAGGAGCUCAGUCCCAGGAGAGGUAGAACAUUCAACA